UCUCGUGCUUGACUCUCUGUUGCUAGCUUCGUUGGCUUUGAACAGUCAGCGAUGUGUGUCGUGUUGUUCCUGCAGCUGACGGGAUGAAAUAAGAUGGAAACCAUAACGACAGACUCUUCAGCGGCCGAGGAGGAUGAACGUUCCGACUCAGGAGUUUUAUGUCUGAUGAGGGUCGGCAGAGACUCAGACUGGCUCCGUUUGUUCGACAACACUGAGAUCAGUGUAGGACGAGGGAUGGAUGUCACCUACCAGCUGCUGUCUUCAAGCUGUCCUCUGAUGAUCUCCAGACUACACUGCACUUUCAAACAAAGGGAUGAUGGCCAGUGGGCAGUUAUAGACAGAAAGAGUCUUAAUGGCGUGUGGGUGAAUGGAAACCGCAUUCCUGCUGAAGUAUCCCAUCAUCUGAGCCUGGGAGACUCCAUUCAGCUUGGUGUCCCUGUAAUCGGAAACAAAGCUGAGUUUGACUACAUCCUCGUUCAGCAGCCCCUAAAAGACAUUAAACUCUACCUGGCAAAGGGACGAAAACAGGGCGCUAACGCUGCUCACAUUCCCAAAAAGCCCAAAAGAAAGCUGACUGGGGAAGAAGUAGAGCCGUCUACCUCAACACCAAAACUGUACCGCUGCUCAUCUUCAGAUAAAUCCUUUGCAAAGAAAUGCCCUCUAACACCAGUGAAACCCCCACAGAGGCUCAGUCACACCCAGCCAGAGCAGACGGGAACCAGCAGACAAGUCCAGGAUAUAGACAGGUCUUUGGAUGGCUCCAGCUCUAUGUGUGAUCAGGACAACUUACAAAUGUACAGCCAGAACAUCCUAAUGCUGAGGGAGCAGGUGGACCACACAGAGAGACAGGUGGCCUCUUUUGGUGUCAAGCCGCAGCAAACUGACCCACUCGGUGAGGAGCAGGUGAGGGAGCUGCAGGGUCAGCUGGAGGCACUCAGAGCAAAAAUGCACCGCAUGGAGACGUUGGAGAAGUCCUUCAGUGAGACCAAGAGGCAGCUAGAGGCACAGAAAACUCAGCAGCAAGAGGAGAUGUUGAAAAAGCAACUGAAGGAGGCCUUACAAGAGCAAAAGAAAGUCAUAGAUGAACUUGCCCUGUCUCGGCAAGGCUUUGAAGAGAUUCUCUCGGCCAAAAACAAAGAACUUGAAGUGACCAAGGAGGAGAAGGAAAAAGCAAGGGCCAAGAGGGAAGAAGUAGUUACACAAGUGACUGAAGUUCUGGAGAAUGAACUUCAGUGCAUCAUCUGCUCUGAGCUCUUUAUUGAGGCUGUCACCCUGAACUGCACACACAGCUUCUGCUGUUUCUGCAUCAAGCAGUGGCGUAAAAAGAAAGACGAGUGUCCGAUCUGCAGACAGGCCAUCCAGUCCCAGACCCGCUGUCUGGCCCUGGACAACUGUAUCAACAGCAUGGUGGAUAACCUGAGCCUGGACAUGAAGGCCAGGCGGCAGACGCUCAUCUCUGAGAGGAAAGCAGCUGACUCGCCUCAGGUGAUCCAGGUGAUCCAUGACAACAGCAGCGACAGUGACAGCGGUAGCAUGGUGUCCAUAGAGAGCAGCCUGAGCUCGGUGGUCUCAGUGGACACGGACAGCAGCAGCAUCCACUUGCACUCCAGUCCGCUCUACAGCGGGGACUCUGAUGAAAGUGAUGAGUCUGAGGAUUAGCUGUUUUGACCUGAGGGCGGUAUUGUGAUGAGAGUUUCUCCCAGUGAUGUUUGCGUUUCCCAGGAUGUAAACGGGACUUUUAAGGUGGCACGCAAAGUUCUGUCUCAUCAUGAGUCCAGUUACUAGAUUCAGUUGAGGAUUGUUUUUUUCUGUUUGUGAAAAUUUCUGUUGCUUUUUUUUGUCUUCAUUUUCAGCAAAAGUAAUAAAGUUACUUCCUAUGCAUUCUCUCA